UCUGUUAUUUUUAUACUAACCUAACCUAUCGAUCCAGUUGUCUUCUCUCCCUUCUGUAAUCCUUUCUGGUGUACCUGAUGAGUUUCCUUAAUUCCAUGUUAGGAUGCGUUGCCAGCUCAGCUUUUCUGCCCUCUCGUCCUUGAUAUCCAAUACGUUUUACGGUCCCGUUUCUCAGCGUUAUGCGUAUUUGGCCUGUAGUUUUUUCCUAUUGAAUUUGGAUGUGUGUCCGAGGCGUUUGGCAUAAUCGUAUGUUAUUAUACUCCCAAUAAAUCUGAGUUUUGUUUCCGUCUUUAGCUUGCUUUUUCUAAUGACAAAUCCGCAUAGUCUAGCUCUCUCUUGUUUAACUUUGUCAACAGUAUUUUUCACGUGUUCGUUGAAACUGUGACCUUGAUCCAACUUUACGCUUAGGUAUUUGGUCGACUGGAUUUCUUCGUUGAUGAUUUUUAUGUUCUGUUCGGUCUGUAGCUCCUUCUCUUGUAGAGAACGUCUUGGCUUUUUUGUUCAGCAUCAUUCGUCUAUUUCGUUUGCAGCGUUUUGGAGUUGUUUCGUGAUGCUUUUCCCCUUCACGCACCUCGUUGAAAUCUUUCCGCUUAUAAAUAAAAGUCGAUUUAUUUAACUACUUAACUACCCAGGAACAAAAAAGAAUCUGAAGACCAUAUUGAAAUGUCGUACGUAUUGAAGCUUUAUGAAUAUUAGUUUGUCAUUUAUUUAGAUCUAGUUUUGACUAAAAUGGAAGUUCAAUUAUUUUUUUUUUGUAAAAAGUUCGUAAUGCGUGAUAAUGUUUGUGGGUGUUAAUAGACACGUAUUUUAUUACGUUUAACAAUGUUAAGACGUUUGUCUCAGUUAUUUGAUACAUUGAAUGGAUCACGUAUGUAUGAUCAAAAAUAAAUUGGCCAAGUAUUUAUAAACGUUUAGUUUAUUCGUUAGCUUAUUUUUAGGAGAUUUGUUACAAGGUUGCCACUUGGUUAAACUAUCAUUUCCACGAAUAAUUUCGCAUUGUAACGUUAAUCAAUUUAUUGAUAUUGGAAUAUUUAUUUUGAUAUAAUCCAACAAAACGUGUUGUAUUGUUUUAUUGUAUCAUUUUUCCACCCAUUUGAUAAUGUAAUAAAAUUUGAUAUCAACUUAGUAUUACGCUGUUAAAACCUACAGAAACUACCAUAACCUAACCUCACUUAACCUAUGUGAACCUCACCUCAACUAAUCUUUGUUAAGAAUAAUAUUUAUGAAAUUUGGAUACUAUUUGAAAGUUUGAAAUUCCUGCUAUGUUUACACUAAAUUUGAUAGUAUACAUUAUAAAACAAAAUUGAAAAAGCUUUGCUGCUUUAAAAAAUGUUCAGAAACGCAAAUUUCUGCAUUGUUUACUUGAAAACUCUGGAAUGCAUUCCAUAUAAUUAAUUUUCUCUCAUGGCUAGUGGUUUACUAUUCUUAUAUAAGUAAAAAAACUUACUCUUAUCUGAUUUCAUGAAAUUCUACAAAAAUUAAUUGAUAUUAAUGGCUUUUUCCAUAGAACUAUUCGCUAGCAACUCUAACUUUUAUCAUUCUGUGUUCAUUUCAGUUUUACCUACAUUUCUCUCAUAAGAAAUAUGGUUGGUUAGGUUCUACCGUCUUUUAGGCUCUUCCAACUCUUCUUAAUCCAUUUGGAACGAUUUGUAUGAAUAAUUAAAGUCCUGGUAGCCAUCACAGUUGAUAUAGGAGUACUUGAAACCAUUUUGGUAUCAAAUUUUUGUACCUACCCAGAAGCUAUUACUAAAUCUACCGUCUUUUAGGCUAUUCCAACUCUUCUUAAUACAGUUGGAACGAUUUGUAUGAAUAACGAAAGUCCUGGUUGCCAGCACAGUUGAUAUGAGUACUUGAAACCAUUUUGGCAUAAAAUUUUUGUACCUACCAAGAAGCUAUUACUAAAUCUUCUGUUCUUUAUAUCACAAUUGAUAUGUGAGUAAGAUAGUUGCUCUUAUCAUUCUUAGGUAUUUGGAACCAUGUUGGUACUAAAUAUUUGUACCUAGCAAGUGAAUUUACUGGAUUUCAUGUCUUUCGUUCUCUUUUCAAUGCAUUUGGAACCGUUUAAAUAAGUCCUGGUGGCCGACACGGUUGGUACAAAGUUAAAUCGUGAUUCUUAGAUCAUACUCAAAUUCAUAUUGUAUAUACUAAGGGUUUUGUAAUGUAUUGAUAUAUUAUCAUUCAAAUAAUCAACGUGUAAUAUUUGCCUCUAGUUUCAACAUGGAUUAUGAUAUCCAUAGAUUUGAAGCAAGAGAUUUCAUACAUUUCUUAACUGUUGGCAUCAAGGUAACAGUUUUUACGUCAUGAAAAUAAACACGUGAUUUUAUAUUUACUCAGUUGUAAUUUCUAGCAGCGUUCAAAAACAAUUUUGAACAAAACGUUAGAAAAUGUGUUAAUGGCUUACGCGGAUACUUGUUCAGUGAAAAAAGAAGAAAAUAAAUAUGUUCAUCAACAUGUACCUACAGGAGAAAACUUAAAUCUCAAAUGUCCAGCCUCCGAAAAUGUACGAAUACUUUUAUUUAAAGAAUGUCCAUUGAGUGAUAGAGAGUUAAUUUUUGACUCUAAUUUGACAAAUUAUGGACUACCGAAAAUCCAAAACUGUUUAACUAAUAAUGAUAAAAAUAAUUCAGAAGAACUGUCCAAUUUGACGGAAUUGAUUUUUGGCUCUGCUGCUAUGAAGUAUCAAGAAACUUAUUAUAAGAUACACGAUAUAUCUUCUCCGCAACAAAUUAUUUUUACUCAGGUUUUUUCCUCUCCCAAGAAGUUUCGACCAAAUACAACAUCUAGUAAUCAACCUAGUACCAGUUUUCUUUCUAACGCAAGUUUACAAGACUAUAAUGGUUCAUUUGCUAGCUCGAUAUCUCAAGCAUCACUCAGCUCAAAAUCAUCCAACUCCUUCUCAUUAAUUUUGAGAAAUAAUUCAACAGCUACAACGAUCGAUUCAGGAUUUUCCGACUUCUCCAGCACAUCUUCUCUAAAUAGAUCAUAUGAAAGUUUUGCCAGAAGAAGGAGCACAUGCGGAUCAUUUUUUAGCGAUUCGGAAUCCUCAAAGAGCUUAGCACUGAAUUUCAAUAACAUCAGAUUAGGAUUGGCAUUGAUUUUACAUAAGCCGGAGAAAAAUCCGUUAACAAAAAAUCUGUAUAUCCAAAAUAUACCCAUUAUAGAAUCGAUAUUAUGGAGAGUUCGACAAUAUGUGGAGAUCGCUCUCAACUCUCCCAGAUUAUUUUUAUCUACUAUGAUUGAAAUAUCAGUAUUGAGUGCAAAAUGGUUAACGAAAGAAUUAAAUUUUUGGACGAAAACCGAAUCCGUAAUACACCAAAGUUAUUAUGGAACUCUAAUGAGUAUUUUCAAAAAACGAUUUCCGAGAAGUUUAUUUUUCAAAUACGAUGAACGAGACGAGAAAUUUGAAAGUUUCUGUCAAACUGUACAAGAAUUGGAACAAAAAGAAACUAAUUUCUUUCUGAGCACACUUCUAACAGCAGUGUUAACCCAUCAUACAGGAUGGAUUGCUACUUGUUACCACUUGGAAAACUUGUCUGUUAAUGAAUCGUAUCACGCAGUUUGGAAACAAUUAACAAACUUAUAUGGAGCAACAGGUUACUUGACGAAAACAUCAAAAACUGUUAUAUAUGGAUUAAAAAAUGAUAAUACCAUUAAGAAAGUCUUAAACUUUAUACAAUAUUUUAUGAGAUUCUUCAAAAUAGAAAGACGAUAUAUUGAACGAAGCAAUAUCAUUGAGGAAAAUAAAAUAGUGGAUGAAAUUUGUAAUAGAGUGCGCCAAGAUAGCAUUUCAAACGAAUUUCCAAUGUUGAGAAAAUCAGGACUUUUAAGGACAAAAACGAAUGAAGUGGAUCUUACAAAAUUAGUUGACGAUGAAAAUAAAUAUCAAAACGAGGUUUUAAGACCAAAAACAAAUAAAGUAGAUCUUGAAAAAUUAAUUGAAGAUGACAAUAAAUUUCAAAGCGAGGCAAAUGGUGUUAAGAGGAAAAGUAUUUGUAAAUCGAAAGCUGUUAAUCGCGAACUAAGCGCUCUAAAUGAAGAAUCUGAUUUAAACGAUGAAGGAUUUUGCGAUAAACCAGUUUUAUUCAUAUUGGGAGACCAUGAAAAACUACAAAAUUUGAAAAAACCUCAAACGAGUGAACCUCUUCAGAGUACAAAUGACAUAAUUCGAGACUCAAGACGACAAAUGGAAACAAAGAAGCUUAAAAUUGUAAAAUUUCCUCUACCCAAAUUUGAAUAUGUUGGGGAUGUUUCGGAAGUAUCACCUAAUCCUUUUUUACCAGACAUUGAUAUUUUGGAAAACUUUGUUCCAGAUAAAGCAUAUCAGGGAACAAACAUCCCCAAAGAACAAUGGAAAAAUAUUUUAUCAAAAGAUCUUUCUUUAAAAAAAUCUUGUUUAUUUCCAGACGAGAUAAACGAGAAAGUAGUCAUUCUAGGUGAUACAGAUAAAUGGGAUGUACAAGUUUGGUCAAGUUUGCGAAGAAGGAUGAUUAAAAACGAAGCAGAAAAUAUUGUAGAUUCGUCACCUCUAGUAUCAAAUAUGUUGGAGGUUAUUUUACAAAUGAGGAAGUUGAAUAUGUCAAAAGAGCAGUGUACUACAUUUAUGGAGCAAAAGUUGAUAGAAAUAUGUUUAAGAGCCAAUGCAUUAACAGAAUUUCUAUUAACUACAGAUUUUUGUUCAAUGGAUGUUUUAUUGAAAACUUUGAAUCUAAACAUUGUGGAUAUACCACUUUUAAUGUCGGUUGGUUCUAAUAUUGAUCCACGGAUUUUACAAAAAUACGGGCUGAGCUAUCAAUGAGAUAUUUCUUUUGUUUUUAUUGUUUCAUUAAUCUUAUAUAAACUUAUAUUUGUAUGAACUUGACUUAUUGCAUUAUAAUAAUUAGUUCAAUAAAAAAUUACCAAAUCCAA